UAAAUAAAUAAAUAUACUUUUUCCAAAGUUUAUGGGACCAAUUAAAAUGAGACUACAGAACUACAAACAUGGCCCGUUUGUCGCCUUGAUGACGUAGACACAAGGGGUCCUCGCGCAGUAUUGCGCGGAUUUCAAAAACAGUGCAACUUGCACACUUUGGAGUGGACCAGUUUUAAAGUUAGGUGAAGUAUUUUGAAUCGCAAAGUUACAUUUUGCGCUCUAUGCGCAAAUUACUUAUCUGUGCACCAUUUCGAGAUAGAGGAAAUUUGUGACGCAAUCAAACAGCACCGCACUGUUUGUAUUUUUAGCUAACAGCUAACCCACCUUAAACAUAUUUCUAACGAAGUAACUUCUCAUAAAUUAAUCGACAUUUACUGUGAAGUCUAGUUUACAUCUGCACUGUUUUAGUAAGCUAAAUGAGCAACUUAUUGGCUAAAAUGGUCUAAUUUAACGGCUUCGGCUGUGGUUUUCUAAAUAAGUCGUCAAUGGAGGAUAGCUCGUCUUCUUCGGUGGUAUCUGCUGUCUGUCCGCCGUCUUUUCUUCAGAGGACGCUGCAGCGUUUAUCUUCCACCCAGUGCCUGAAGCUCGCAGAGGAGGCAGCUCCUGUCGCCGYCGUUUCUCUUCAGAGGUAUUUGACAGAGCAGCCUGACGGGCAGCGGGCUGACAGCUACGCCUACGACGUGACGCUCACAGACGGGUUCUGGCGAGCCAAAUGCCUCCUUCACCCAGGUUUGAACCACCUGGUGCACAAAAACAAGCUGAAGGCCGGAGGCGACGUCCGCGUCAGCCAGUGCUCCUUUGUUUACAACGAGAGGAGACUGGGGCAUGGCUACAUUUGCAUUGAACAGCUCAGUUGUGUGGCAGAGAGGUCAGCUGUCCUGUCCAGCAUCAGUGACGUCGAGUCGCUGCCCGUGCUGGUGAAACACGGCAUGGAGAGGAGCCUGGCGCUUCUGAGGGACGUUCCCCUGCAGGUGAGCCGCAAACACUACCUGCCGCUGUGGAACAAUGACGACCCGGAGGGAGAGCUCUGGAUCUCGGGGUCUCAUUCGUCCUCUCAGACGGUUCUGGAUGUGUCUAAGGUUGCUCUUCUGAGGAGUGUGGACUCCUGCUUCAAAGUCUCAUCAAAACCUCUCCCUCUACUCGUGAAGAUAAUUCACAAGUCCAGGUUAAGAUACUAYGGAAGAUUUGGCCUGAAGAUUGAUUACCCCUAUCAGGCAUAUUUUGAAGUUGCUGACCAGAGUGGCUUGAUGUCGCUCGUGCUUUGGAACGAGCUCUGUCCUGAGUUUUACGAGAGGAUGAAAGUCGGCAGCGUGCUGUACAUCCAGAAUUACUCGCUGAAGCAGAGUUAUUCCAAGAGAUCUCGCCCACAGAUGGACCAUUACGGACUGAAGAACUUUACCUCUGUUGAAAUCUGCCUGAAUUAUCGAAACCCGGGUUCAGUCAUCACUGUGGUCUCCCCAAAGAGGGUCCUGCCUCAGUGGGGGCUGCCUCAGGUUUCCUACCAGUUCACCAGCAGGUCUGAGUUAGAAACCCUAUCCAACAACUUUGCCUAUGAUGUCAUUGGUCUGGUGACGUUCGUUGGCCGUGUUGAAAGAGUCAGAAGUAAAGGGAACAAAGCUCCAGAGAAAUACUGGACGUAUCGCUGGGUGCACGUGGUGGACGGAACGUCUGACCAGCCUUUUAUCUUGGAGCUUUUCUCCUCAUCUCAGCCUGAAAUAUUCAGCCAGAUUUGUCCAAUGACCUACCUGGUGUGCACUCAGAUGAGGGUUUGUCAGGUGGAGGGCUCAUUGCCGUACCUCACCAGCAGCUGUGAAACAGAGAUCUUCAUCACAGGGUACCACAAGGGUCAGCCAUAUGUGAGUGACCCCAGAGUGAAGAGCUUCAUCCAGUGGACCAAGACUCUGAAGGACAACGCCAUCCUGCAGAAGACGGCUGUCGGCGGCCAUUACUGUUACCCCCACCCCCCACAGAUGUUUACACAGACAGAUUCAUCAGGUCCGGCUCCUCUGGUUGCUGUGGCUGACCUGAAGACAGAGUUAGAGACUCUGCACUACAGAGAGCAUAAAAAACUUGCGAUUCAGGGACAGAUCACAGCGGUGCGCUUCAUGAAGCCCCUUCAAACCACAGAAACACAAGGAGUGGAAGAGACUGGGGUUUGGAACGCUGAGCGAGAACGAGUCGCACCAGAAUCAGCUGAGCAGACCGCAGGCUGUUCAACGUCUCCUUCCUUUGACGGCAGCUCGGCAAACAGAAGGAAAAGAAGAAUUCAGAAUAGUGAAACCACUCCGUCCUGCUUUAAUCACGGCAGCAGCUUGUCUAAAAGGAGGCCUGGAGAUACAGAGACACGAGAGCAGGAGGAAGAGGAGCUUCAACAUGAAGAACAACGUCAAGACUCUCCCGCUCUGUCCUGGGAAAGCAGCAGCUGGUGCGAGCAGCAACAAGAACUCUCCGAACACCUGUGUCCAGGCAUCCUGCACGGGGACAGCGUCUCUCGCGGCUUCACGUUGGACGAGAAGAGCGCUCUCCUGCGGUGGAGUAACCUUCAGCCUCAGCGAUGGACGUCGGAGUCAUCCUCCGACACCCUCCUCCCCGCUUCUUGUCCAGGAUACUACCAGCUCACCAUUCUGGGCAUCAAUAAACAGAUAGCGGUGGAUGCUGCGUUUUUUCCCGUCGCGCACUCAGACGACCCCCGAGCCGUCGGUCUUCCUCAGGAGCCGCACAACAACUCCAUGCUGUCCUGCCUGUCGUCAGGUUUCCUCUGCCCGCUCCGAGGUGAAACCAGCCGCAGAGAAGCCACGCCCCCUGAACCAGAGGAGAUUUUGGCAACUGCUCCCGAGCUGGAGGGCGCUCAUGUGGUCUGCAUCCUGGAUCUUUGUCAUUUGGGAGGAGAUGAGGUGGAAAUCCUGAUCAACAAGGUGUACAAAUUGACAGAAGCUACUUAAAAAUGAUAAACAUUGUUUCAAUCUGUAAGAAUAUCGCAAAUAAAUGUAUUUAUUUUUUUUGAAAGACAAAAUCGCUACUAUAUUUCUGCUAUACAUCUGCUUUGUAGUGUCUAUUUUCUAAAUAAACAAAAUACUGGCAUAAA